CUUGCUGUGCUGGAAGUAUGAAUUUCUGCCACUCACGUCUGAGUGAUUCUGAGUCACUGACAGGAGAAAAGGUGAACAAACUUUCAUGGAGUUGUUCAGCAGACUGCUAACAGCCGAUGGAUGACACUCAGUUUCAACACAACCACUGCCCUUAUUUUAGGACGAACACAAAAUAUUUUCCCAGGCUUAAAAAACACACAGCCAUCAAUGCCUUCAUCUUCUCCUUAUACACAAAGGCUCUUCCAAAAUGUUACCACUUCUUAUUCCACACUGUGGUGAAAAUUCAGUUCAUCAUUCCCAUUCCAGGUAUUCUGGAGGAUGGCAAAUCAACUCAGACGGGAGGGACCACAACGCCAGCCACCACAGGGAUUCUGAGCACUGAGAAGAGGACCAUCAGUGGGGCUCAGUGCGUGAACACCGCUGGAGCUGGGCCACCACGGCAGAGCAGCUUCCGAGCAGCAGAGAGUAAACGGGACACACAGAAAAUGUCAACGAAAGAAGUCACCAUUAAUGUCUCAAAAAACAACAGACCCAGUGACAGAAGGAUGACAAAGAAUUGUGUCAAUUAACAAAGGAACACCAGAGUGAGGAUGGACCUAAGAAUCUUUUGCUGCACUUUACAUGUGGUCAGUCACUGAUGAUUUGAAGAUCUCCAGAUGUACUGUGUUGGAUAGAGCAGGCAGCUGCUGCUGAGUGCCUUCAGAAUCAUGUUUUGUAGGAAACAGCCGCAGACACUGCAGGGCCUUCAGAUGGCAUUUGUCGGCAGUGGCGGCACCAUGCAGACAAACGUUGACAUUUGUGCCAGUUGUUCUUUGCUAAGCGCUAUGUGGGCUACUCGUGUUCUGUUCUGCAUUGCUGGAAGGAUGAGACUGGAGGAUAACGGGUAUUGCUCAUUCCGGUUUAAAACACCAAAUGAAGAAAAUGAACCAGCAUUUUUAGACAUGAUGUACUGAGUGUGCACUUUCAAAUCUACAGAAUCUACAGUCGAUUUGAAUGUUUAAAGAGCUCGCUUUCACCCAGCUCAGACCCAGAUAUCUUGGAGACAGCAAGACAGGUGGCUUCCAUGAAAUAUAUUUUAAACUAUAUAUAUCACUUAUAUAUAGUGAGUCACAUAAUGCCCUUUUUAUAUAUUAAUAUUACUUCACUUUAAUUUAUUUUAUAUAUGGACAGAUUUAGGUCCUAAGAAUGGUGAGUUUCAUAUUGACCUCUCUUGAAGUUCCUAUUUGUAUCGGGCAGAUAAAGUUCUGUCUGUUUUGGAUUUUUAGACACAUUUACUUAUGUGGAGACACAGAUGGACUUCACAAGGCACUGGAAAAUAGUGAUCACCAACUUUACUUGAAAAUAACCUUAACUUCUAAAACAACAUUCCAUCAAUAACAGCUCAGAAAUAUUAGCCCUGUUUGAUCAGUAGUAAUAGAUCUGGUGUGAAUAAUGUAUUUAAUUGCACAGUAUGCAUCCCAAACCACACGACUCCAUGUUUAUCAUAAAUAUACAGCUAAAAGGAAUAUAAAUUUUCAGUGCAGUGAAGAACAGGAAUUAAUUCAACCUAUUUCUCAAUAUGGAAAUAAUACUAUAUAUUCUCUGUAAGUUUGUUCUUUUAUGAAGAUAGAGUAGGCAAAUUUAUUUGACUCCUCCAUCAAAUAUAUAUGGAUAUCCUUAGAGGGCCAUUUGAAGCAGGUAUUUACAAAUUGUUCAUAACAAAUGGAUGACAGUGGAAAGAAAAUCCAUGUACAAACUGCACUAAGUCCCAUUUGCACUUGGAAAAACUAUUAUAAGUAGAAUUGUGGAACCGAAUCCAAUCCACAUUUGAACCACUUGCUGCUAUGGUUUAUGAUUACUUAAUUGUUUCUUGGAAAACAAGUCUAUGCAAUAGGUAAUUGUUUAUUGAUUGUUCUGACACAAAGGCAAGGCAAAAUCCAGAGCCAGUAAGAGAUUUUUGCAUACAAUAGAAGACAUAUUUAUAAGAAGUAUUUCUUUUUAGUUGUCCUAAAAAUGAAAAAAAAACCACCUGUGCUGAACCUUCCACAGUUCAUUGUGCUAUCUGGAAAGUGAUCUUUUGUGAGGUUUUUAUGUAAGAGAAUGAAAAAGUACUGAAAACAGUGUUAUACAAGUAAACUAAGUGCAGUCUGCAUGUAUCUCCAGCCUGUGGCUCUCUGCCAAUGUGCUUGCAACAUUACAGGACAGGAAGGGACUUGACUCACUCUAACAAUAAGCAAUGGCUGAAGCAGCUUAGUGACAUUCAUGUAGGAACGGAUAGCCAUUGUUUGAGGCCAUGUGCUAAUCUGAUUGAAAGCACGCACUCAGGAGUCUGCAGGAUUAUUCUGUGCAGAGCAGACUGUGAACCAACCCAGAUCUGUGCCAAACUUGUAAACCACUCCUGAUCCAAAGAAUUUAUGAGCAAAGGGAGUACAGCAUAAACCCAUAUGCUAUGGGAAAGCUAUGGAAAGGAAUAAAUGAUGUGUAAUGGGUAGAGUGGAUUUUUAAAGAAGGCAAAAGGAAGUUGCGUUACAUAGAACACUGUUCCACAGAGAGGUGCCUAACAAUAUUAGGGCAAGCAGCUGCAAUGACAGAGGAGUCCUGGCAGUGAGUUAUUUUCUGGCUGAGAAAUCAUUCCAGUUGAUGUGCUGGCCAAAAGCGUAUGUCGUGUUGGGUCACACUACAGAGGAAGGAAAGGCAGCAAUGCUUCAUAGCACAUAGGUAUGAGGGAGAGCCCUGCCUGCAUCUGAACAGUCAGCAGAGAGCCUUUUCUGAGUCUCAUUCAGAGUGUGAGAUGUGAAGGCAGUUAGCAGGAGGUUAUUGGACUGGUGCCUCAUUAUCCAUUGUUACUUGCUUACGUUGGCUGUGUUCUCCAUCUGUGUGUCAGCUGUAGAGCUGGGAAGGCCAAUUGCUCUUCAUUGCCCUUCUACCUGCUUAUGGUUAGUUUCUUCAGCUACUUCAAUGCUCCAUAAGCAUGUUUAUAUCCUGAAAUCUAACUUCAGGAUAUUCAAAGACUGGCUCCAACCUUCAUGAUACAAGCCAUGUCUAGUUACAAAUGACCUCAUAAACUCUUUUCUUGUAACACAUUAGUCUUCUGAUUCAUUCUGAAUAGAAACUUCCUUAUUAUCUACUUUAUCAUCCUUUACUGGAUGUGGCAGGGAAUGUGACCACUGAGGAUGAUGACAAGGCUGAAUUUCUCAUCGAUCUCAUGCCAUCUUUACAUUUGUCUUUAAAAAUCAGACCAGUUAUCCUCUGGAUACUCCUCCCCCUGACCUGAAAGUCUCAGAUGGGGAGCAGAAUAAAUCCCCCACGAUUAAGGAGGAAACAGUCAGAGACCUACUACUGUACCUGGACUGCCACAAGUCCAUUGGGCCAGAUGGGAUCCACCCCAGGGUGCAGAGGGAGCUAGCAGAGUGAUUGCCAAGCCACUUUCCACCAUCUAUCAGUGUUCCUGGUCAAUCAGAGAGAUGCCAGAGGAUUGGAGGCUUGCUAAUAUGACUCCCAUCUACAAGAAGUGUUGUUAAGAGAUCUUGGGAAGUAGGAACUACAGGUCUGUCAACCUGUGAGCCUGACCUUGGUGCCAGGAAAGGUCAUGAGAUCAUCUUGAGGGAGAUCACAUGGCACAAGUGAGACAACAGGGAGGUCAGGCUCAGCCAGUAUGGAUUCCUGAAAGGCAGGUCCUGCUUGACCAACCUGAUCUCCUUCUACAAUCUAGUGACCAGCCUGGUGGAUGAAGGAAAGGCUCUUGAUGUAGUCUACCUAGACUUCAGCAAAGCCUUUGACGCUGUCUCCCACAGUAUUCUCUUGCAGAAGCUGGCAGCUAAUAGCUUGGACAGGUACACUCCUUUGUAUGGGAACUGCUGAGACACAGCCUGAACCUCUGAUUGAUCACCUGAGGCGAGCAAUAAGUCAGCCAUGGGUGCAUAGGUGAAGGCAAUUCACCUGUGCUGCCGGAAGGGGUGGAGCCUGGCUCCACCUCUCCUGGACCCAUUUAAGAGCUGACUACCAGCAGGGAAGGAUUUCUUCUUGGGAUUCCCUCCUAUGGGGUUUCAUAGCAAGCCCAGGAUGUGGGUAAGUAUUCUAUCUAUUCUGUUUUGGUAUAAUAACUGCUUAGCCAAACUCUUUGGUAUAUCUAUAACAUCUGUACAUUCAUUGAUUAUACACUCUUUGCUGGGUAAAGAACUGGCUGGAGGGUCAGGCCCAGAAAGUGAUGGUGAAUGGAAUUAAAUCCAGCUAGUGAGACGCCAUUAGUGCUGUUCCCCAGCAGUCUGUAUUGGGACCUGUUGUGUUUAAUAUCUUUAUUGGUGACCUAGAUGAGAGCAUUGAGUGCACCCUCAGGAAGUCUGCAGAUGACACCAAGUAGGCAGGAAGUGUUGAUCUGCCUGAUGGUAGGAAAGCCCUACAGAGGGAUCUGGGUGGGAUGGAUAGCUUACAUGAGGCCAACAGGAUGAAGUUCAACAAGAUUGAGUGCUGGCUCCUAUACUUCGCUCACAACAGCCUCAGGUAAUUCUACAGGCUUGGGGCAGAGUGGCUGGAAGAGUGUGUAAAGAAAUGGACCUCGGGGUGUUAGUCAGCAUGAGCCAGCAGUGUGUCCAGGUGGCCAAGAAGACCAAUAGCACUGUGGCUUGUAUAAGAAAUAGUGUUCCAAAAGGAGCAAGGAAGUGAUAAUCCCUUUGUAGUCAGCACUGAUGAGGCCACAUUUUGAGUACUGUGUUCAGUUUUGGGCCCCUCCCUACAAGAAUGGCAUCAAAGUCCUGGACCUUUGAUGUGCAAUAAAGCUGGUGAGGGGUCUGGAGCACAAGUCUUACGGGGAGCAGCUGAGGGAACUGGGAUUAUUUAGUCUGGAGAAGAGGAUGAUAAGGGCAGAUCUUAAUGAUCUCCACAACUGCCUGAAGGGAGGUUGUGGUGAGUUGGGAGUUGGCCCCUUCUCCUGUGUGACUAGUGAUAGGACUAGAGGGAAUGGCCUCAAGUUGAGGCAGGGGAAAUUCAGUUUGGACAUUAGGAAGAACUUCUCCAAAAGAGUGGUCAUGUGCUGGAAUGGGCCGCCCAGGGAGGUGGUGGGGUCACUGUCCCUGGAGGUAUUCAAGAAAUGUUUAGAUGCUGUGCUGAGACUUUAGUGGGAAAUACUGGUGGUAAGUAGAAGGUUGGACUGUAUGAUCUUGGAGUUCUUUUCCAAACUUGGUGAUUUUUAUGAUUCUAUUAUUAUGUCUAAGAUAGCUUUUUAGCCCUUGAUAUUUAAGUUCCCAAUGACCUUAAUAGAAGUAAGAGUGCAUCGAGGACACCAGAAUCCUGCCUCUAUAUGUAGAGUUAUAUUUGUUUUUCUUACUUUGCUGCUUCUAAAAACAACCACCAGUAGCUAUGACCAAUUUGCUUAUGAAAUAAUAGACCACUCUGUGUAAUUAAGAGUGAGAGAAUCUAGCCUAUAGAACUCAAGACAAUUUAAAGUCCUAAAAAUAAAUGACUGCUGGUUUUAGUGGAAGAAACAAGCUCAAAGAGUCACCUGGAUGUCUUUACUUCCACUGACCUUCCUAGGACUGAAUAGUCUUAUUUGCAGGACUUGUUCUUCACGUUGUAUCUUUAAAAUAAAAAAGGCCCAAAUACAGGAAGUAAAACCUCCAUGUUAGGAGGUAUACACUAUUAGAUAAGAAGCUGCUGACAUCUUUCUUCCUGUAUGUCAGAAUCUUUGAAAUACAAUUUUUCUACAGACAACAUAAUGCCAUUUAAUUUUUCCACAUUCCUUGUCAGCACAGGAGGAUUUCUAAAGGAUUUCUAGCUGACACAACCUUGGGUGAGAUUUUUAUAAGCUACUGUAGUCACGUUUUAAAUAGAAAUAACAUUAUUUUGAUGGAUUUUCGCAGUACCAAUACAAAAUAUGUAUACAAUUUUCUUCUGAUAUGUACAUACAUGUAAAAUACAUUUUAUUCCUAUAUGUGAGAAAUUUAAUCACUGAAAAGAAGGUUGGGUAAAGACAAUUUACAGUUACCAGCAGGCAGAAUUUGUUGUAGUUUGGUCUUUUACUACUGCCUGCUGUCCUUCAUACUUCCUCCUUUUAUUUCAUAAUUUCACCAUUACUGUGUGACAUUGACUGGAAGAUACACAAUUUUACUGUGCAACGUUAAGAAGUACGUUCUAUUACUGAAAAGGAGGAAAGUACAAUUAAUGCCUAAGCAAUAUGUAAGUACUAGGUUGAGUAUACAUUUUUGUUAUCUGAAUGACAAAGAUCACAUAUAAAAUGAAGAGCCAAUUUUUCUAAUCUUCCCAGCAUGUUCAGAUACAUAUAUAUCCAUUUGUGUGUCUGUUUGUUUACACUGUUACCUCUUUAAGGUGCACUUCUGUUCUGCAGUUCUUGCGUGGCAUUUCUGUGGGCUUUUGAAUUGUGUUUUUAGUUCUAUUACCCAAAUGUAAAAGGCUUUAAUAUUUGAAUUGAAAUCUGCUUUACCUGACUUAUUAGAAGAGUUAGCUUUGUAAUUUGUGCACAGAAAUGAUAUUUGAAAGAGCAGGUUUAGUUUUAUUUGGAAAAAACUAACUUAUCCAAGUAGGAAUUCAAACCAGAAUAGAAGGAGCAUUUUUAUACACUCAUUUUAGCUGCAAAUUAUUGAAGAUCCAUCUUGAACUUGAAAACAGAAAUAAAGAAAAAUUAAGUGUC